AUGUUAUUCCAUUCCACAAAACUAAACCGGCUACUACCCAGAAGACUCAAAGAAUCAGCUAGCUCAUUCCUUCACCAAAAGCGACUCGCGCACAACGUGAUCGGCAUAGAUCUUGGAACUACCAAUUCAGCAGUGGCUUUGGUACAAGGAAAUGAGCCUAGAAUACUUGAGAAUGAAGAAGGUGGACGAACGACACCAUCUAUUGUGGCAUUCAAAGAUAAGGAGACCUUGGUUGGACUUCCAGCUAAAAGACAAGCUUUGGUGAAUCCACGUAACACCUUUUUCGCAACGAAAAGACUCAUCGGGCGAAAGUUCGAGGAUGACGAGGUUCAGAGAGAUAUAAAGAAUACGCUGUAUAAAAUAGCAAGGUAUGAAAAUGGAGACGCUUGGCUAGAGACGAGCGAUGGGCGUCAAUUCUCGCCAUCACAGAUCGGAUCAAUCAUCUUACAAAAGAUGAAGCACAUUGCAGAGUCUCACUUGUCUGACGAAGUAAAGCACGCUGUCGUCACAGUUCCUGCGUACUUUAAUGAUGCUCAAAGGCUGGCUACUAAAAGUGCCGGUCAAUUGGCUGGUCUCGAAGUUCUAAGAGUUAUUAAUGAGCCUACGGCUGCGGCAUUGGCAUACGGCAUCGAUCAAAAGAAGUCCGAUGGCGUAGUAGCCGUCUUCGACUUUGGAGGUGGUACUUUCGACGUAUCAAUACUCGACAUCGACGAUAAAGUUUUCGAAGUGAGAGCCACCAACGGGAACACUCACUUGGGUGGAGAAGAUGUGGAUCUCUUGCUUUUGAAUAGGAUUAUACAACAGUUCAAAGAUGAGCAUGGCAUUGAUCUUCUGGGUGACAGAAUGGCUGUCCAAAGAAUUCGUGAAGCUGCUGAAAAAUGCAAGAUCGAAUUGUCUCAUGUGAAAGAGGCAGAGAUUAAUAUUCCCUUUAUAACAAAGGACAAACACAUUAAACUCAAACUCACUGAGGACGAACUUGAUGAGUUGAGUCUUCCUAUCAUCAACAAAACCAUAGAUCCCGUGAAGAGAUGUCUCCGUGACGCUGACUUGACAGCUAAAGACAUUGACGAAAUCAUCAUGGUCGGUGGAAUGACUAGAAUGCCUAAAAUCAGAAAAGUCGUCGAGGAGUUGUUCGGUAAGAAGCCAAAUGUUUCCGUCAAUCCUGAUGAGGCGGUUGCGCUUGGGGCUGCAAUUCAAGGCGCUGUUCUCUCAGGACAAAUCAAGAACGUGGUUCUUCUCGAUGUGACCCCAUUGACAUUAGGAAUUGAAACAUACGGAGGGUUAUUUAGUCCUCUUAUUCCAAGAAACUCGGCUGUGCCAUUGAAAAAGGAACAGUUUUUCUCAACUGCCGUUGACGGCCAGACUGGUGUCGAAAUCAAAGUUUACCAGGGCGAAAGACCCUUGGUAAAGGAUAACAAGCUUAUUGGUAACUUCAAGCUCUCUAAUAUCCCACCUGGACCGAAAGGCACUCCACAGAUUGCAGUCUCUUUUGACAUCGAUGCCGAUGGUAUCAUAAAUGUCUCCGCUGCUGAUAAGACGCCUUACCCCGAGGACUCACCCUACCAUGGAAAGCCAAAUGAGGUUAGCAUUCAGGUGGUUGGACAAACUGGAAUGUCAGAGGAAGACAUCAAGCAAAUCUUGGAACAAAGUGCUCAGAAUGCCAAGAAAGACGCCGAAUAUAAGCAACAUGUGGAAAAUGCAACACGGGUUGACAUCCUUUGCACUGAUGCUGAGAACGUAAUAGUGCAAUUCGGAAAUCUCAUGGACGAGGAAGACAAGCAACAUAUCAAUUCCAUCCUCUCGUCCUUGAGGACCAAGGUUCAAGACGUUAGAGAAAGAGGCGUUUUACAUGAUGUGGCCCAGAUGACUGAGGAAGUCAAUCAAUUGCAAACGGUGACCAUGGCGGCUGUUAAAAAGGUUGCUGCAAGACAGCAGCAGCUCCAAAAGGACAAUUCUGGCUCUAAAGGGGACAAUUGA